UUUUGGAAUUCCCCGCCUAGCAGCCCCGCGCUCUAUGUCGGCCCGAAUUCCAUAAAUCAACUUUCCGACACCAAAACCCAUACCAGCUUCUUAUCCAGUUUCCAAUUCGGAUUGGAAGAGACUAAUUUCUCUCGAAAAAAGUUAUCAAAAUGUCUGAACGGUUCAACCCUAAGGUUCCCGUUCAACUCGAUCCACCCAAGGAUGACCCUAUCACCGUGGAGGAGUUGUCCAAAUGCAACGGUGCGGAUCCUGACCGUCCGACAUUGGUGGCUAUCAAGGGUAUCGUUUUCGACGUAACCAGAAACCCAGCUUACGGCCCUGGCGGUUCCUAUCGAGUAUUUGCGGGGAAAGAUCCUUCUCGGGCUCUCGCCUGUUCAUCUCUGAAGCCUGAGGAUUGCAGACCUGACUGGUAUGAUCUCGAAGAUAAGGAGAAGACGGUUCUGGAUGAAUGGUUCACGUUCUUCAGCAAGCGCUAUAAUGUCGUUGGAAAGGUGAAAGACGCUACAAACCACUGAGAUAGAAGUCGGGGAGGGAGUUCGCAGGUGGGCGAUCAUUAUAUUUAGGAAUAGGUACUAUACCCAUGGAAUUGAGCUAUUUUCAUUUCGUAUGUUUUUUGGAGCAUCGCAG